UCCCCUAUAUAAGCCGCAGACUGAGGCAGGAGGCGCCGUCUGAGCGCUCUUCUCCUCGCUGUCGCGGUGGUACAGAGAAGUAAAACAACGUCGUUUACAACAACAACAAAGCAGACGCGUGAUUUAUAUGAAGUGCCGGUAACGUUAAUUUCACUCGUUAAGUGGCUUCACAGCAGUUGCGUUAAAGCCAUCAACGUCGUCAUACGCUUAGUUGCUAAGUGUCGGCACAAUCAGCUUAAUCAUCGCUUAAAUUAAUCACGCAGUCACGUAAUUACCGUCACCACCACCAACCAACCACAUCACCACCAACACAUUAACAUCAUCAUCGCCACCAUAAUUGUCACGUAAUAAUCACCGUCGUCAUUAUCACCUGCGAUAAGCAGCAUCAACACCACCACGAUAAUUAUCACUUAUAGUAUCGGCAUCAUCCCCGCCACCAUCAGCACAUACAAGUCGGCGCUUUAUCAUCAUCACCACCACCACCUCAUCAUAAUCCCAACCACAUCAUCGUCACAAGGAGGCGGCUGAAGGAGGACUGGGCCCGCUGCUGAUGUCUGCACGAGUUUGCUUCGAGGCCGGGCCAGGGGUAGGCACCGCCACGCAGUCGGCGCAAGGGAACGGAAAACAACAACAACAACAACCAGGACAUGGAGAACAACAACAGCAACAACAACAACAGGGGCCGGUCCACCCUGGUGGAGGCGCAGCGCCGCCCAUGCCUCACGGCAGGCGAGCGGGCAGCAAGGUGACCGUCAAGUACAACCGCAAGGAGCUGCAGAAGAGGCUGGACCUGGAGGAGUGGAUAGACGAGAGGCUACACCUCCUCUACGACUGCGACGAGGAAGAGAUGCCUGAACUGGAGAUAGACAUUGACCAGCUGCUGGAUAUGAACACGGAUGAGGAGAGAGCUGAGCAGUUACGGGAGAUUUUACAAGAAUGUUGCAGCAGUUCAGAGGAAUUUGUUUUGGAGCUGCUGUCCAGAAUAAAAGGCAUGAAAAAACUGAGUACUAACAAAAAAUAAAGACCUGGCUCUUGGCCGUGCAGUGGAACAAACUACUCCUCUCCAUGGUGGCCACCUGUAUAAAAAUAUGCUCACAAAUUUGUAUUUAAAGAGAAAAGACAAACAAAAAAACCCCUAAAUUGGAUAUUUAAAAAAAUCACGGCAAACUUUGGUACACUUUGAGAGCAGAUAUUAUUUUGCACACUGCUAGCCAUGAAGGCACAUUUGUAGUAAAGUAGUUUGAAGAUACACUCCAGGAAUAUAUCGUGUGCGAGUUAAGUUUAUUGGCAUUUGCAACUUUUAAAGGCACAUGCCUUCCACGAUCGCAAUAGUGAAGUUUUUGGAAAAUGUUCCUUAUGGUUCAUUAAAGCGUAAGACGUGUGCAUUUUUUUACCAUCAUGGCGUAACUUUUUUACAUUCAUGUUUGACGGUGGCAUUUGAAUGUUCAGUCAUUACACUGUUACCUUUAAUGUUGCAGCUUAUUCUCAUUCAGUGGAAGUUUGUAAAACCUAUGCGUUUUUGUUUUCAUGUAUCCACACACAUGGAGAUUGUACAGUUUUUUUACAUGUGUGGGGGUCUGUGUGUAUAGUGUAGUUUAAUGCUUGGAUUAUGAGCUGCUACAUACACUCAUCCUUGGGAUUUUAAGCAAAAUAAUGCAGUAUAUACACGUGUAUACAAACAAAUAUGACAUCCUUCUGUUUUGCUGUUGUUGUUGGUGGCUUUAUUUUUUUAUGCUUCGAUUCAGUUUUUGCACGUGACAAUGUUCAUAUUUCGAUUUAAAGCUUUCGUGACUGCAAGGAUUCAUCUUCUUUGGUUCUUUCGAUAAAGUCACGUCGUGAGAAUUGGAUUGUUUUAUUUUAUUAUUUUAUUCUCAUUCUACGUGACUUUACCGAAAGAACCAAAGAAAAUGUUCAUAUUUUUUGGCGAUGGCAUCCUUAUUUUUUAAAACGUCCUUUAUUGCAUGCGAUAAAGCUAUGUAACUUGAAACUUUCAUUAUUAUUUUUUUUGAACCUAUCUCCGUGACUGAAAGACCCAAGAAUUCUAAAAGAAUAGUUAAUCCCCUAAGCACAUUAUUUGCAGUGUAAACAGUUGUUUGUCAUCAUCGUGUCAUGUACCACAGCAUGAACAUUUUUUUAUACCACUUUUUUAAGUGCACACACAUUGGGAAAUGUGUAUUUUGUUACACACAGUCAAGCACUGGCUUUCAACAUUAGGGGAUUUUGUGUUUUUUUUUGUACUGUAUAUUGUGUUUUCAUUGUACAUUGUUACACACAACAAACAUCGUAAAUGUAAUUUCGGUGCUUGUUGAGAUGGCCUUCCAUGCCUGAAACGAGAAUACUAGGUUAAAUGGCGUGCUUGUGCCUACUUCACCGAUUGGUUAGUAGAUUUAUUGGCACUUGUGUUUUAUGUCGUCUUGAAUUUUUUGCAUGUCCUAUAACCGAUUUAGUCGAUGAAAUCCGGUUGGCUUGUUGCGCUUGCAAGAAAGCUUGCAAGAAAACUGUUAAAGCUGACUGCCAAUAAUUGUAUUGGUUCAAUUAUAUUUUACACUUUUGCUUUUAAACAAAAAUGAUUCCUUUCAGUAUUAAUACUGAUACUGUCCGAGUAAUAAAUGAGGAGUUUCCACUUACAACCAUCUGCAGUGCCGUUGGAAGGUGUUGUGAAUGUAUACGGUUAUAAAACAUGCACAUACAUUUUUUAAUGUGAAUACUGGCAUAUUGGUCUUAUGUCCUUAACGUGUUUUUACUAUAAUUUUGGCACGACACUUUCAUGACACUUAAACCAAAUGCAAUAAUUUCUGCAUUCUGGAAUGUAAAGUUGUGUCAGCAUGGUGGCUUCCUUAAGUUACUGCUAUUUACGUGACGCUGUCAGCAUUGACACUCGGCAGUUUCAACUCUCUCCGAUUGUGCCACUCGCCCAUUUUACAGAUCAUCUCUUACUUGCAUGACAUCACUAACAUAUCAUUAGACCUCCUUUGCCAGUACCAAAUUAUAAUAAUAGGCGUACGUCAUCUGGCCGAGCACCAAUUGGGUCGAGGCUCAAAAGAAAGCCGCCCCUUGGUGUGAACCAAUCAGUUUCAAGGACAAUGCCACAUAUUAUCAAAGUAUGUUUUUUGUUUGCAUUUAGACUGCAGGUAUUGUGGUUAAUGCACACAUGAAUCCUUGUAAAAAUGUUGCAGUUUUGUUGCCAGAAAAAAAGGGGAAAACCCUAUUAUUAUGAUUAACAUACACAAACUGUCAACGUUCGCAUGCACGAUUCGUGAUCCAAACUUGUGAAAAUCGUUUAAACAACAUGUGACAGCUGUCUGGAAGAGAAAGGAAGGUCCCCCCCCCCCCCAUUUGGCGUGUGAAGAACGAUGACAGCGGUACUGCUCUUGCCUUGGGGUGGUAGUUUGUGAUUUUAUUAUUUGUGCCCUGUGGACACAGGAUGGAAGUGAUGAUCUUUCUGUUGCAGUGGAAAUACUUUUAGAUUUAUUAUGGUGAUGUUACAGGGUUAGUGUGAAUCAACCACUUGCUUUAAUCGCCAUUGUCAUCGGUAUCUGUACAUAAAAGUACACCAGAGGUUGCAAUUAACAUGCGAAGAUCAUCAGACUCUUUUUAGAGUCGGUGUGCAUAAUGUCAAUUCACCCACAUUUUAUAAUUUUAACACAUUGCAUUAAGUGAUUACAAUCACUAAAACAGUGAUUAGACACGUGGCCGGUUAUAUUGAAUUUCAAGCACUUAUCAAUAAAAUAUAUUGUCUCUGUGUGAGUGGAUAUCUACAGCCCCUCUACAGAUUCACUCCGUUUUCUGUCAGUGGGUGUCGGCUUCCGAUACAUUUUAAGCCUGCGGUAUUGAAAUGUCAGAUAUGAUUUAGAAACAAGCAACUACUCUAAAGGUCUGUAAAUCAAACUGCAUUAACAAGAUAAGCUUGGUAAAAAAAGUAUUUGGCCUUGAUAAAACAAAAUGUACAAUAAUUCAUUCAAAUGUGUUUUCUUGCUUGCAAAGAUUAAUCUUGUGAUUGAGAUUACGGUUGGUUUUGAAUAUUAAGCACAGCUUAUUUUGUGCUCAAAGGUGUUUUCUAUAACGUUUUAUGGCACACAUCAAUAUUUUAUUAUCUGCAAGUGAAUGUAAGUGUCUUAAUUUUCCACAGACAAUUAUGUGACUGAACGAUAAUGUAUACUCUUUGUUAUUGUUAUCAAUGGGGAAUGUCACCAUUAAUUUCUUCUAAUCAAAUACCAUUUUUUAAAGGUGUGCAAGUUUGUAUACUGUGGUAUUUUCCACUCGUAUCAUACAAAGGUGUAGCUUCGUGUCUUUUGUUAUAAACAAAUAAGCUAAGUGGUGUGGUCUGGUCUGGUGGAAAAUUACAUAUUUGCUUCUGUAUGUAUAAUGGGAAUGCGCUUUUGUUUGUUUAUCCAAAACAAUUUAAAUCUAAAUGCACACACGUUAAGUAUAUUUGCCGUCUUUGGUAUUGCAGUGUUUUCAUGUUACCGAUGUACGUUGGGUCACGUGCUGUUAUUUAAUGUCUGUGUACAUACGAGUGGACUCUAAAUAAAGCACCUUCAAAGCACA